AUGGCAGACGUUUUAGGAGUCUGGGAUUUUGUGACAAUCGCUGCAUAUUUCUUGGUAGUUUUGGUGGUAGGAAUUUGGGCAUCAUGCAGACCAAACAGGGGAAGUGCUGCAGGGUAUUUCUUAGCAGGCAAGGAUAUGCAUUGGAUACCGGUCGGAUGUUCUAUAUUUGCUAGUAAUGUUGGAGCUCCGAUGUUUAUAGGUCUAGCUGGGGCAGCUGCUGCUACUGGUUUCUCUGUUAUCAUAUUUGAAUGGGGAGCAGUGUUUCUGUUAAUAGCUCUAGGAUGGCUGUUUGUUCCAGUUUAUGUAUCAAGUGGGGCUUUUACUAUGCCCGGUUAUUUAAAACGCCGAUUUGGCGGAGUGAGGUUAAGAAUUUAUCUUUCUAUACUAGCUUUAAUAUUGUAUGUUCUCACCAAAAUAUCAAUGGAACUAUAUGCUGGAGCAUUAUUCAUGCAACAACUAAUAGGCUGGAAUAUAUAUAUUUGUAUCACAGCUAUUUUGGUGGUAACUGCUCUAUAUACUGUUACUGGAGGAUUGAAAGCAGUUAUGUAUACCGACACACUGCAAACUGUCAUCUUGAUGAUUGGUGCUACUAUCUUAGCUAUAGUCGGUAAGCAUUUUGAUGGUUUUUAUGGAUUGCAAGAAAAGUAUAUGACAGCAAUUGCCAACACAACAAGCGACAAUAUAACUUUAUACAAAUGUGCUCUUCCACGAGAAGAUUCUUUUCAUAUCUUCCGCAGCAUUACAACUGGUGACUUGCCAUGGACUGGUGCUGUAUUUGGUGUCACCAUAUUUGCUUUAUGGGUUUGGUGUUCCGAUCAGUUAAUGGUCCAGAGAUGUUUAUCAGCUAAGAAUUACAGCCAUGCUAAAGGUGGCAGUUUGUUCGCCGGAUUCUUGAAGAUAACGCCAUUUUUCCUGUGGAUUAUACCUGGUAUGAUUGGCCGAGUACUUUAUCCCGAUGAAGUAGCAUGCUCAUCACCAGAAAAAUGUCAAAUUAUUUGUGGUAACAAAGCUGGCUGUAGCAAUAUAUCUUAUCCGUUAUUAGUUAUACGACUUUUACCUAAUGGACUGCGAGGUCUGAUGCUUUCAGCGUUGUUGGCAGCAUUGAUGAGCUCUCUGACAUCCAUUUUCAACAGUGCUAGUAGUAUGUUUACUAUGGAUCUGUGGAGAAGAUGUCGAAAGAAAGCAUCAGAAGCUGAAUUGAUGGUUGUUGGUCGACUGGCGGUAGUCGUUUGUGUAGUGUUUAGUAUCAUUUGGCUUCCAGUUUUAGAGAGCGCUCAAGGGGGACAACUCUGGGUUUAUCUUCAGGCUGUAACUGCUUGUAUAGCCCCGCCGUGGACUGUGGUUUUUCUCAUGGCAAUAUUUUGGAAAAGAACCACUGAGCAGGGAGCCUUUUGGGGACUUAUUGGUGGUUCUCUUGUCGGUUUACCGAGACUUGUAUUAGAAGUUUACUAUCCUGCACCGUUAUGUGGAACUGGGGAACCAGAUUUAAGACCUCUGAUACUCAGUAAGGUCCAUUUUUCUCAUUUUGCCAUAAUAAUUUCCGUGGUGUGUGCCAUUAUAAUAGCUAUUGUAAGUCUGUUGACGAAACCACGACGACCAGAGCAGCUAAGAAAAGUAACCUGGUGGACUAGAAAUGAUGAACAAGAACCAGAGAUAUCGGACACGGAAGACGAAGAUGAUGAUAGUCAGGACGAGAGGGAGUAUACUCAGUCCAAAUAUGAAUCCCAAACCACUAGUUCAACAGAUCGUAAGGGUGUUUUACAACCAAGGUCAUGUAAGAGGAUACUCGUGAACUGGUUGUGUGGUACAACAAACACUAAACCUGUUCUCCUUUCUUCAGAAGAGAGAGCUUCACAUCGGAAAAAGAUGACAAGCCUUACAGAAGACUUGACAUCUAAAAGCGUUGUAAACAGUCUGGCUAUAGGAUUGUGUCUAACGACUUUUUUCCUCCUGGGAUUUUACUGUUAA